GCCUGAGGCACCACUGCCCCGCCUCCCGUUUCGUCAUUUAAAUUCCUCCAUUUCUCUCCUCAUCUUCUUCAUCUUCUUCUCUCUCCCUCUCUUUCUUCCAUCUUCUUCACGUCAAUUCAUUCCUCCCUUACUACUCUAUUCCAAUCUCCUUAGAUUCAAUCAUCCCCCCACACCGCCAUCAUGCCCCGCCAAUUCUUCAUCGGAGGUAACUUCAAGAUGAACGGCACUGCCGAGAGCAUCACCUCCAUCAUCAACAACCUCAACUCCUCCCAGUUGGACAAGUCCUCCGAGGUCGUCAUCUCCCCCCCCGCCCUCUACCUCACCCUGUCCCGCCAACUGGCCAACCCCAACAUCGGCGUCGCCGCCCAGAACGUCUUCGACAAGCCCAACGGUGCCUUCACCGGUGAAAUCUCCGUCGAGCAGCUGCGCGACACCAAGAUCAACUGGGCCAUUGUCGGUCACAGCGAGCGCCGUGUCAUCCUGAAGGAGUCGGACGAGUUCAUUGCCCGCAAGGUCAAGGCCGCCGUCGACGGUGGCCUCGAGGUCAUCUUCUGCAUCGGUGAGACGCUUGAGGAGCGGGAAGCCAACAAGACCAUCGAUGUCGUCACUCGCCAGUUGAACGCUGCCGCCAAGGAGCUCUCCAAGGAGCAGUGGGCCAAGGUCGUCAUUGCCUACGAGCCCGUCUGGGCCAUUGGCACCGGCAAGGUCGCCACCACCGAGCAGGCCCAGGAGGUCCACGCCGCCAUCCGCAAGUGGCUCGCCGACGCCAUCUCCGCCGAGGCCUCCGACAACGUCCGCGUCAUCUACGGCGGCUCCGUCAGCGAGAAGAACUGCAAGGAGCUGGCCAAGCAGCCCGAUGUCGAUGGUUUCCUCGUCGGCGGUGCCAGCCUGAAGCCCGCCUUCGUCGACAUCGUCAACGCCCGUCUGUAAGCGGCACGCCUCACCAAUUAAAAACAAAAAAGAUACCACCCAACAAAUGGAAAUAAAACAAAAAUAACGUCUACAAGAAACAUUCCCGACCAGUCGCCUGCCGGGAGCAGGCACCGACUGUAGGUGAUCUGCUCGAUGGGACGUAGGAUAUAAAUGAAAGAUACCAGCUCGUGCAAUA